AUGUCUGAUGCACAUUCCAGAAACAGUUCCAAUUCGGGUCUGUCUCCAACUACCUCUUUGGCCAGUUCGCUGGUUUCGAUGAAUACUGAGGACCAUAAUGGCUUAUAUGACCAUAGACAACAUCCGGAGUCUACGUUUAUCGCUCAGAAUAGUCCCACGGCUGUAGUUGCUGGCCGUUCUUCUCGCGCGAGGCCUGCUAAGUCUCAUCAGGAUGAGCCUCCGGCACCAGCCAGGCGCGGUUCAAGGGCCCAUUCAAUCAAUGAGAAUAUUCAGAACGUGAGGAGCAGCAAGAAAAGCUCUCAUCAUUUGCCAAAAGUGGGAAAUGUCGGAGUGGGACGUGCCAUGAGUACAGUAUCUGCAAGUCCUUAUGAUCAAAGAUCAAGGGCAAACUCUAUGGCAUCUGCCGGUUCGAUCACAUCUAAGGUGCAUAUCUCGAAGACGUUGUCCCACAUAAAUGUACCACCGAAACAACAGCAACGAAGAGCUUCAUUUGAUAGUGAUGAUUCAAAGGCCUCUAGAGAGUCUCAGGAGACAGAGGAGGAUGUUUGCUUCCCUAUGCAACCUCAGUUGCACACUAGGGUCAAUGGCAUAGACUUUGACGAGUUGGAAGAGUUUGCUCAGCAAUCAACAGAAGAGAAUCAAAACUUAGCAAUGAUGAAUCAGCAUUCUUUGAACCAGACUUUCCAGGAAAAUGGUCCGACAUUCAAAAAUGGCGGGAGCUCCAGCUCUACUUCGACAACUGUAUCUUCUGCUGCUCUCAAAUACACACCAAAGCAGCCUAGUAGCUCUGUGGAGGCUUCACCAAAGCAUUCGUAUAUCAAUCAAGCACUUGGUGUUUCAUUUGGUCACAAUAAAGUUGAAGGUGAUGAACCGGAAGAAAAGUAUAGCAAGAGCCAAGAAGAUGCUGGAACAUACAGAUCGGAUAUACCACCAGAACAAGCGGGGGUUCCAAAUCAACCGGGCUACUAUGAUCCAAACUUUCUGGCCCCUGAUAGAUUUUCGUUUUUCUCGUCAGAGUCGGAGGAAACCGUUCACGCAACUGAUAUAGCUUCUCUCGUGAAGCCAGGUCAGCACUUCUAUGAAUUAUUCAGAGAUGGAGAACCAACUUGGUGGUUAGAUUGUUCUUGUCCUACUGAUGACGAGAUGAGGUGUAUUGCAAAGGCGUUUGGUAUCCAUCCUUUGACUGCAGAAGAUAUCAGAAUGCAAGAAACUCGUGAAAAGGUUGAACUUUUCAAGUCUUACUACUUCGUUUGUUUCCAUACUUUUGAAAGUGAUCAUGAGUCAGCCGAUUUCUUGGAACCAAUAAACGUUUAUAUUGUUGUGUUCAGGUCAGGUGUGUUGACUUUCCAUUUUGCCCCCAUCUCUCAUGCUGCUAACGUCAGAAGGCGUGUGAGGCAACUUCGUGACUACGUUAACGUGAGUUCUGACUGGAUUUGUUAUGCCAUAAUUGAUGACAUCACAGAUAGUUUUGCUCCAGUGAUCCAAUCCCUCGAAUACGAAGCCGAUGCUAUUGAGGAUUCUGUAUUCAUGGCGAGAGAUCUGGAUUUCUCUCACAUGUUGCAAAGAAUUGGUGAAAGUAGGAGGAAGACCAUGACGUUGAUGAGGCUACUAAGUGGUAAAGCCGAUGUUAUUAAGAUGUUUGCAAAGAGAUGCCAAGAUGAGGCUAAUGGUAUUGGACCAGCAUUGACUUCUCAAGUUAAUAUUGCCAAUUUGCAAGCUGGUGACAAUGAAGCAGUAAGAUUUGCUGUUCCAACUACAAAGCAACAUCAACAAUUUCAACAAACUGCCCAGCCAAGAGGCGAUAUUGCUCUUUAUCUUGGUGAUAUCCAGGAUCAUUUACUGACCAUGUUUCAAAACUUGCUUGCCUAUGAGAAGAUUUUCUCAAGGUCACACACGAAUUACUUGGCCCAAUUGCAAGUUGAAUCCUUCAAUUCUAACAACAAAGCUACUGAAAUGUUGGGUAAAGUUACCAUGCUGGGUACAAUGCUGGUUCCGUUGAAUAUAAUUCCCGGUUUGUUCGGUAUGAACGUCACAGUGCCCGGUGAGGCCGGAAAUCCUGCUUGGUGGUACGGUAUUCUUGGAGUGAUGAUCCUACUCGCCCUUUCAGCGUGGUUCGGUGCCUCCUACUGGAUUAAGAGGAUCGAUCCGCCAACGACUUUGAACGAAGCUGCUGAGAGUGGAGGUAAAUCAGUCAUUUCCAGUUUCCUUCCCAAGAGCGCCCGUAAUCAACAGAAUAAAGGUGCUGUCAACCCCCCUAAUAGGCUCUUAGGUUAUCCUCAUAGUGGCCCAUUACCUGCAUCGAAUAGGUCGGUGGCUAGUUGCCCUAGCAAAUACAGUCGUUAUGAUUGA